AUGGCUGUGGCUGGUUCAUUGUUCGUGGUUGCGGAAAUCGGCAUGAUGAUGUCGCUACUGGUAUUCCGAAAGGCUGGUCAAUCACCGAAACGGUCGAGAUCUGGCAAUGAUGCAAACACUUCUUCUGCUGAUGCCACGACUGAGGUGGAAACUACCUCAGAGAAGACAAAUGAGGCCAUGAUAACAGCGACCCCUUCGUUGCACGCCCGCCUUCUAGGUUUCCAUGUACGCAUGCACGAUUUUGCAGAUGAAUGUCUGGGUGUUCUCGUCGUCGGAGGAUUGGCCAACAUUCAGUUCAUUCCGAAUGCAUUAUUAUUCGUCUUCUUUGCCGCCACAACAAACUUGAGUCCGGCAGGUGUUGCCUUCUACGGCAUAAUGGCAACUGGUAUGGAGUUUGUUAUGGUAGUAUCUCGUUCCAUUGCGACGCACUUGUACUUGAAAGACUCGCACAACGGCCUGCUGAAAGAAGUCAACCGAUACCAUGUCAAGUAUGUGCUGCCCCAGAUUGUCACGGCCUGCCUUCCAGCAGUUGCGACAUAUCGACACUACAUUUACGAUAUGGCCGCGUUUGUGCCGGUGCUACUCCUCACUAUUUUCAUCUACAUCUACGAACUCACGUACCGCGGAAACCCUCAACAAACAGGUUGUCGCGAGCGUGCUAGUUGGGUUACCGGUCGUAGCUUCCUCGUAGAUACAGUCAAGAGGUACUUUAGCGGAACUAUUAUCCGCAUGGCACCGCUUGACCCGGAGAAGCAGUACGUGCUGAGCUUCCACCCACACGGUAUCAUGCCGAUCUCAGUCAUGUGGCUCCAGUUCACAGCUCAGUGGCGAAAGCUGUUCCCCAACUUUUAUGCGCAUAUCUUGACGGCGAGUAUUCUGCAUCAAAUCCCACUCGCCCGAGACGUGCUCCACUUUUACGGCUCGCGUGAAGUUACCCGAACGGCGUUCGCCCACACACUGCAGCAGAAAGAGAGCGUAUUGCUUGUCCCCGGUGGCCAAGCCGAGAUGCUGCAGCAGCAGUCAGCAAAGAGAGAGGUGCGUAUAUAUACCCACCACAAGGGUUUUAUCCGCCUCGCUAUCGAGCAUGGGGUGCCGCUUGUACCAGUGUUGAGUUUCAAGGAGGGCGAAAUGAUGGACAACGUUCAGGCUCCUAUGCUACAGCGCUGGUUCGUCAAGAAGCUCGCGUUCCCGUUCCCGUACUUCCCGUACGGUCGAGGAAUGCUACCGAUUCCACGAAAAGUUGACAUCCCCAUCGUGGUGGGGAAACCCCUAGAGGUGCCGCACAUCGAAAAGCCCACACAAGACGAUAUCGACAAGGUGCAUUCCAAGUAUUUCGCCGUGCUUCAGGAAAUGUUUGAUAAGUACAAGGACGAAGUUGGUUGUGGCGACUACAAGCUCGUUCUUAUCUAAGGUAGUAUUAGCCUCUCUCUUGGUAGGCGUAUAGUGGCAGGACAAUAAUCCGCUUUUCGUUCGUGGGAUAUAAAGCAGAAAUCUUAAUCGGUGAUCGAUAG